CAGAUUUCACAUUUUUCUUGUGAUAAACUUGUGUAUUCCAUUUUUUUUGAAUGGGUGAGCAGGAGCACGAAAGAAAAUUUAAACAUUCAUCAUGGACCGACAUUCCAGCUUUCAUUGUUUUCUUAAUUUUUUUUUGUGCCAUGAUGUACAUUUGUGCUUACAGCUUAUUCAUUGGUGCUCCUGAAAGGCUAUUUUUACCAGUUGAAAGUUUUGGUCAUAUUUGUGGCUCUAAAAAACAGCCCUUAGUUCAAGAUGCUCAAUCUAUGAUCGAUAAAAAGUAUUUAUUUCACUUGGGCACUGACCCUUUGAAGAGUAAGUCCAUUUGUGUUAGCAAAUGCCCCGACCAAAGUCUCAAUUCGGAAAGUGAUCUGAGACAAUGGAUGAAUUCGACGGGUGCUCAUUUAUGCGAACAAUAUAUAAUUCAAGGAAACACCCUAAAUAUUCCCGAAGUCAACGGCGAUUUUAACAACCGGUACCUAUUCAACGAACAAGGUCCCUGCCCUGCUCUACCACUAUUUGCCACCAUACCUAUCUUGAACAAGUGCGUGGCCUACGUCACUAAUUAUACUCGUUUAACUCGCGCGCACAUUAACCACUUUAUAGAUGGGGAUCUCUCUAAACCUGGGCGCCCUUUCAAAUUCAAGGUUAUAGCCUUUAUCAAGGCCUGCACAGCUGAUCUUUACAGGAAUAGGAUAUUGAUACUGAUCGUACCAUUCGUCACUUAUGUCUUAACGUACGCCUUUGUGAAUGUCGCGCUAAAUUCGAAUUACCACGAGCUGGCAAUAUGGUUCCUCGUCGUCUUAGGAAUAUUGUCUAUUUACGUAUUAGUCGCUUUCUUGGGCUGGGCUCUUAUAUGCCAACACAUGUACCUCGUAAAGGCUGACCAAGUGGGAUUGCGAUCUAAAAUAGAUUCCAUCAACAUGUACUUGCUAAUAUUCCUCACUGUGCUAGCUCUAGUUCUCACGCUCGUAGCUACACUCACUUUCUUCAUCCACAAUACCCGCCUUCGCUUGAUGCACAAAACUAUGGCUAUCUUGGUAAACUCGCUCAAGGUGUAUCAAUCCGCUCAUGCUCAUCGAUACAUGCUGUCUGCUAUGUUUACUCUGGGGCAUGCGCUCACACUCUAUUUUAUAUUGGGUCACGUGUCAGGUCAUCUGAUAACUUCUGAUACUUCGCAGAUAGAUUCGUCAUCAGGUUACCUAACAUUCGAAUUCGCCUAUCCUUCUCUCUAUAUCGUGGGCUGGCUUUACAUCAUGUAUAUGGCUACGUGCUUUUUCCCUAUGUGCAAUAUCAACUAUCAGAGCUUCAUCAUUUGCCAUCUGGUGGCUAAAUUUUACUUCUCAAAAGGAGAGGAUCGUAAAAAGACGCCCCUAAAAUCGAGCCUAGCGUACACCUUCAAAUCACUGAAACAUUUUGGUUCUAUCGUAGUCUUAACCCUUCUUCAGCAUGUCCUUUGGUUCCCCAAGAUGAUUUUCGCAUUAUUAGUUCACAAAUUCGUUCCCUACUCCAAGAUAGCCAUCAUAGGUAGCUUAGAAAGUCAAAAUAGAAAUGGUCGCGUCGAAAAAAGCGAAAAUCUUACGGUGGGAGACAACUCGAAUAGAAAAACCUUUCAAAAUGGGUUUAACGACGAAAUUCCUAAAAAUGUUUACCAGACCUUGCAGUGUAAAUAUUUCCUCUAUUACCCGUUGAUGGCUCCUUUCUUGUUAGUAGGUUUCGAGAAGUAUUCUUAUUGCAAAUCGGUUAAAAAAACGCACGCUAUAUUUCUGACUUGCCCAUUUCCUAUGGAUAGCAUAUGUUCCACAUUGCACACCCUUUUUUGGCUUAUCAAGCUUGGACCUAUGUGCUUGAGCGCUAUGUUUUGCCUGGUGUUCCUGCAAAACAAUCACGACUCUUACUUAUACAGUAUAUCACUACUCUGCUGUUCGCUUUUAUUCACCAACUAUGCCGUAUCCCACGCUAUUUUACCCAUUGAAGUCACCAUUUAUACCACGUUACUUUGCUUUUGCGAGGAUUUGAGAAUAUCCUAUUCCUCCGAUACAAAGCAUCUGUACUAUACUGGAAUCUCUUUGCUGGAUACCUUCAGAAGAAUCUCACCAUUGUAUGGGCCUGUUGGUUAUAUCGGCACAUAAUUCCUUUAAAAUAUUUUUAAUUCUUAAAAAAAAAUAUAUAAAAUUGAACUGCAGUAUUUCACUUAUCUAUAAUUGUUAUUAUAACCCAUCAUAAAUAUAUAUUAUAUAUACAUAUAUAUUUUUUAGAUAUUUACACCUAAAUUUUGAUAUUUUUAAGUAUAAUAUCGGGAAUUAUUAUUUUUUUUAAAAAUCUCUGAUAUCUAGUCAUUUUUUAAAAAAUACUUAUAUAUAUAUCCGUCCAGCU